AUGGAUAAAGAAUAUACUGUAAAUCAAUUGCAAGAUGAUUAUUUUACUGAUGAAGAUCUAGAAGAAAGUUGGAGCACAAAUGAAGAAGAUAUUGAGGAGAUCUUACCUGAAGAUAAUAACGAUGAGAAGGAAGAGCAUAAUAUUGAUCGUAAAAUUCCAGUAAUCGAAACAAAGAAAUAA